AUGAUAUCAAGCUACACAUGUCAUGGACAAGGACAACAUGCUUUGGAGGUAUACUCUCAAAUGUUGAAAUCAAAGGUAACUCCAAAUGAGGUUACCCUUUUGUCACUUUUGACAGCUUGUAUCCAUUCAGGAUUAGUCCUUGAGGGAAAAAUGUUGUUCAACAGAAUGAUUCAUUACCAUCAUUUAAAACCCAACUUUCAACAUUAUGGAUGCCUAGUUGAUCUUCUUGGCCGAUCAGGGUUUCUUGAAGAAGCAAAAGAGAUGAUUGAACUGAUGCCUAUUGAACCUGAUGCUACAAUCUGGAGGUCCUUCCUCACAGCUUGCUUAGUCCAUGGGAACUUGAACUUGGCUGUCAUAGCAGGAAGGAAGGUGAUUGGGCUAGAACCAAGUGGUGAUGGUCUUUAUGUGCUUCUUUGGAAUGCUUAUUACACUGCAAACAUGUGGAAAGAGGCAUUAGAAGUAAGGAAGCUGAUGAGAACUAGUAAGGUUAGAAGAAAGCUUGGUUGUAGUUGGGUUGAAGUGAAUGGUAUUGUUCAAGAGUUUUAUGCUAAUGAUACAUUGCUUCAUUAUAGCUAUGAGCUUUGCUUAUUGCUAGAAGAACUGAAGGACCUCUCAAAGACCGAGCCAUUUUGA